AUGGUUGUUACUAUUCCAGACAAACCACUCGAACUUCACCGUCGUCGCAAAAUCUUGCUAGCUUAUGAUAACUCUGAUUUCAGCAAGUUUGUCUACCAGCAUAUCCUGGAUAACAUCUUAAUUCCUGGACAUGAUCAUGUCCAUUUGGCCACUGUAGUAGACGAAGAACAAUCCGCUUGGUUAUCUGCACACACCUCCCGUGCUCAGAAUGCUGGUAAUUAUCAAGGAUGGUGGAGUGAUGGGGAUGAUUAUGAUUAUAUAGACUGUCUUUUUAUGUAUCACAAGAAAGUUACUGAUCACAACAUCCAUUUUCACUAUGUAGAAAAGAGGAAAACCAACCGACGCUUGUCGUUCACUGACCACCAAGAUGCAUCUGAAAUGUUGAAGACUUUAGCACAGGAUUUGGCUUCCAAAGGGAUUACUGCAAACUUUUAUAUCCUGAAAGGAGAUCCCAAAGUCCAACUUGUCAAACUCGCUGGACAUACUCAUGCGGAUCUGUUCGUUGUCGGAACUCGAGGACUUGGGCUAUUGAAACGUAAUCUCAUCGGAAGCGUAUCAGAAUAUAUAGUUCGUAAUGCUGAUUGCCCAGUGCUUGUAGUCAGAAAGAAGGGAGAGAAAGCAAAAGCUAAUAGCCGACCAGGCUCUCCAACAGCCGAAUCCUCAACUGCCAAGAAGGCACUCCAGGCUCCUAUCUCACUUGUCAGAUAUUGGACUAAAUAA